CUUGCCUUGGGAUCUAAUCUUGGUGUUCCGACAUUGCACAUCUAUACCAUCUAUACAUUACAUUUGUACAAGGAAUUCCUCUGAUUUUUCCAUUAUCCAUGCAAGAACGCCACGCACAAUUGAGGCGUCGUUGAAAGGUGCAUCCAUUCUGGAGGAACAUUUCUUCUUUUUUUUGGUCUUCAUUUUUGCUGAAGCGUUCACUUUUUUGAGGGGAAAAUUCUUCCAGUAGAGAGUAUGAUUGACAUUUUAUUGCUGGUUUUGUGUGGAAUGUCGAGCAGCGCUCUGGCAAAAGAAUCUUCUGGCAAGUACAGCACCCCCCUGCUCGACGUGAAAGUACAGCAGCUUAUUUUGGAGGCCAACCAGACUCUUCAGCUGAAGUGCAGGGGCAAAGGAGCGCUGCUGUGGAUACCCCCCCUGCAGGUGGCGACCCACAACCAGACCGUGCAGGUGAGCCACUCGCGUUGCCGGCGGCAACACUGCAGCACCCUGACGGUCAGCGCGGCGCAGUCAUGGCACACGGGGUCCUACCGCUGCGCAUACAGCCACCGGCAGAGCCGACACACCGGCGUCUACGUCUACGUCACAGAUAGCAAGCACCCGUUUGUGAAGGAGCACUCGGGCACCCCAGAGCUCGUCUUCCUGGUGGCCGGCAAGCCCCUCCUCUUCCCCUGCCAAGUCACCUCGCCUGAUGCCAACGUCGUCUUAGUCAAGGUGCAGCCCCCCAGGGAGAAUCUGGUCCCGGAUCAGAAGGAGAUCUUGUGGAACAGCAAAGAGGGCUUCACCAUCCGCACCCCCACCAUCUUGCACACCGGCCUCUUCUACUGCCAGGCCACCGUCGCCGGGGUGACACACCAGCAGUACUACCUGGUGCACAGGCCAGUGUUCUCGAUAGACAAGGUGUUCCUGAAUGCCAGUCGCCCCCUGCAGGCGUUGCUAGGUGACCGGCUGGUCCUCAACUGCACGGCCACCGCGCCGCUCAACACCAGAGUCAACAUCCGAUGGAGCUACCCUGGGGAGGGCCUUCGUAAGAUCGGCCAGGUGAACCGCAUGGAGAUCCGGGGGCUUCAGGUGGUGUUCCACAGCAUCAUGACCAUCUCACACCUCCGCAAGUACGACCGGGGCAUGUACGUCUGCCACAUGAGGAACGACCGCGCCCACGCCUCUGCCAACACCACCGUCACCAUAUACGACCAGCCCUUCAUCCGACUAAAACACAGAAAUGGAUCUGAGGUGCAGGCGUUCAAGGGACAGAAGUCCUUCCGAUUGGCCCCCAAAGUCAGAGCCUUCCCGACUCCAGAAAUCAUCUGGUUAAAGGAUGGGGUGCCGGCAUCAGAGAAGUGUUCUCGCUACCACCUGGACGGCACCUCCCUGCUCAUUCGGGACGUGGCGGAGGAUGACGCCGGAGUCUACACAGUUCUCGCCGGGAUUCAGAAGUUUGGACUUUACCAGAACCUCACAAUAUCACUGGUGGUGAACGCGCGGCCGCAGAUAGGGGAGAAAGCUGUGUUGGUGCAGGAUCCCGGGACAGUUCGGCGAGGGAGUCGACACGCAGUCCGCUGCACCUCUCAUGGGGUACCGCCCCCCCAGGUCCAGUGGCUCUGGCACCCCUGUCCCCCUAAAGGCCGAUGCAUCCCACCACCUGCGCCACCUUCUCGCGCUGCACGCCGCCUCACGUCUCCUGCGCCACCUCCUCGCGCUGCACGCCGCCUCACGUCUCCUGCGCCACCUCCUCGCGCUGCACGCCGCCUCACGUCUCCGAGGGCGUGGGAUUGGAGGCCUGUGUCGGAGCAGGCAGGAGUGUCGUCGCCAGGCAACCGCAUCCUCAGCAUCACCCAGAGGCGGGAGGUGCUACAGGGUCGCAAUAAGACUGUAGGUGUGCUGACGGUGUCGGAGGCGUCCGUGUCCGGAGUGUUCCGCUGCGUAGCAUCCAGCCUGGCCGGCCGAGAUCACAUGGACAUCCCCUUCAUAGUCACAGCCCCGCCCAACAGUGUGACCAGUACGCGUCCAGCCCCGCCCAGCCCAGCCCAACGCUGUGCCCAGUACGCGUCCAGCCCCGCCCAACGCUGUGCCCAGUACGCGUCCAGCCCCGCCCAGCCCAACACUGUUCCCAGUACGCGUCCAGCCCCGCCCAACGCUGUGCCCAGUACGCGUCCAGCCCCGCCCAGCCCAGCCCAACGCUGUGCCCAGUACGCGUCCAGCCCCGCCCAGCCCAACGCUGUGCCCAGUACGCGUCCAGUCACGCCCAGCCCAACACUGUGCCCACCCCGCCCCCCGGCUGCUAAAGCAGAGUACCUGUCUAUCGUGCUGGACCCAGGGGAGGGGCCUAUGGGCCAGGGGGAGGGGCCUAUGAGCCAGCAGUGUGAUAGGCUGCAGUUUGACCCCGCCCACUGGGAGUUUCCACGGGGAUGCCUCAAAUUUGAGAGACUGCUGGGCCAGGGGGCGUAUGGGAAAGUGCUGCAGGCCUCAGCGUUCGGCAUCGGGACCACUUACGGCUGCACCACUGUGGCCGUCAAGAUGCUAAAAGAGGGCGCCACCCCCAGUGAGCACAGGGCUCUGCUGAGCGAGCUGAAGAUCCUGAACUAUAUUGGACACCACCUGAACGUGGUCAACCUACUGGGGGCCUGCACCCUGCCGGGAGGCCCCCUACUGGUCAUUGUGGAGUAUUGCCAGCAUGGGAAUCUGUCUGCCUUCCUGAAGAGCCAACGGGAUACAUUCCAGAGGGAUACAUUCCAGAGGGAUACAUUCCAGAGGGAUACAUUCCAGAGGGAUACAUUCAGGAGCAGCAAGGUGACUGGAGAAGAGGACUGUGGGAAACGGAGUCCGGUGAGCAUCUCCAGCGGCAGCUCCAGGUGUGAUGAAGAGAGAGAGGGGGAGGAUGAUGACAAGGGCCAUGCCGGGCCUGUGGAGUCUCCCCUCCUCUUUGAGGACCUCGUCUCCUUCAGUUUCCAGGUCGCUAGGGGCAUGGAGUUCCUCGCCUCACGAAAGUGCAUUCACCGUGACCUGGCCGCCAGAAAUGUGUUGCUGUCCGCUAACAACGUUGUGAAGAUUUGCGACUUUGGUCUGGCAAGAGACAUCUACAAAAAUCCAGACUAUGUACGGAGGGGAGAUGCCAGGCUGCCGCUGAAGUGGAUGGCUCCGGAGUCCAUCUUUGACAAGGUCUUCACCACCCAGAGCGACGUCUGGUCCUUUGGAGUACUGCUGUGGGAGAUCUUCUCUCUGGGAGCCUCCCCGUAUCCCGGCAUGAGCAUGGACGAGGAGUUUUGCCAUCGGCUGAAGACCGGCACUCGCAUGCGCGCCCCAGAGUACAGCACCCCUGACAUAUAUAACAUCAUGUUGUCGUGCUGGGAGAGCGAGGCGAGCGAGAGACCCACCUUCACACACCUGCUCAACACACUGGGGAGUCUGCUGCAGACAUGCGCUCAACAGGACGGUAAGCAUUACAUUCCUCUGGACGCGCUCCUCGCUGGUGGUGACACCAGUGUGGCUCUCCAAAACGACUACACAGACGUCAACCAAAGGACACCACGCCAUGGCUAUAUGAACACCAGAGGGAUGGAUGCUGUGAGGAUCAUACAAGACGCUCCUCAGGCCAAGAACUCACAGGACAACCCAACAUACAACAGCAUGGCGGUUCCUUCAGAGGAGAGGAAGCACAUCAAAUGGAUCGAAAAACUCCAACCUGGCAACCUCAGCAAGCUUUUCUCCCUCGGAGGGUCCAGAGUGGUGGUGGGGUGCGUGGAGGCCCUCCCCUGUGUGAACAGCUCAGAGGACGACGACAGCAGCAGCAGGAGCAGCAGAAGCAGCAGCCAGCGCCACAUCAUUCCCUGCCAAACACAGUGA